AUGACCAAAGCACUCCGCACCUCGAUUGGGAAUGACAAACAGCUCCUGAGAGCUGACCUACAUGGGCUGACAGACCAUGUGGCACACGUGGAGGCCGACCAUGACAACCUAAUGGCGGCCCAAGCGGCCACUACCUCAACCCUUGAAUUCCAGACGUCCCAACUACAACACAUGGUGCUACAUAUUGAGGACCUCGACAACAGAGGUAGGCACCAAAAUCUUUGCAUACGGGGAAUACCAGAGGGGGAAGACUCUACCACACAACUCAAGACACAGCUCAUGGGCAUAUUUAACAGGCUUCUGAACAGAGCAGAAGACACCCCUACUGAGACAUUGAGACCCAGGGAACCACCAGAUGCCCCACUGAGAGACAUGAUCUGUUGCCUAGCUCACUCCACCCUCAAAGAAGACAUUUUACAGGCGGCCCCGAACUCACAAGAAAUCAGAUAUGACGGCCAUAGCCUACAACUGUUCCCUGACCUGUGCCCUGCCACACUGGGAUUUUGACAGGCCCUCAAACCCCUCACCCAUGAACUAGUGGCACAGAAAAUCCGAUACCGCUGGAUAUUCCCAAUGGGACUGGCAAUCUCUAGGCCUGAAGGUCCACGUCCAGUACGCUAUCAACGAGACCUAAUGGCCAUCUCGGGCUAUCUCCAGUUGCCACCCAUUAACAUGCGCUGGCCUGACCCGCUGGACUUUUACCGCCUGACACCUGAACCACCCGAACAGGCACUGCCACUAUGGAGGAACAGAAACCGGAUGAAAUCCAUGCAACCCGCAGGGGCACAAAACUAA